AUGAAUUUUGGCAGUAAGUGGCUGCGUUGGAUUGAAGCUUGUGUUUGUUCUGCUUCUUUUUGGGUCCUAAUCAAUGGCAGCCCGACGGACGAUUUUAAGGCUAGGAGGGGCCUUCGUCAGGGGGAUCCCCUAUCCCCUUUCCUUUUCAUCCUUGCGGCAGAGGGGCUAGCCAGGUUAAUGCACAAUACUCUAUCUAGUCAUUAUUUUCUCCCAUUUUCAAUAAAUGAUGACCUUCAUAUUAGCUUGCUUCAAUUCGCGGACGACACGAUGAUUGUUGGUACGCCAUCUUGGGAGAACAUUGGGACUUUGAAGGGGUUGCUUCGAGGUUUCGAACUUUGCUCAGGCUUAUCUGUCAACUUCAGUAAGAGUAAGAUCCUUGGUUUCAAUGUGGAGAUGGAUUUCCUUCAGGCGGCUUCAGACUUUCUGUUUUGUGCUAUUAGUCCCUUUCCUUUCCAGUUUCUAGGAAUUUCGAUUGGCUGUAAUCCUAGGAGGAAAUCUGCUUGGUCGUUGAUUACCACCAAACUAAGAAACAUGUUGGCCUUGUGGAGAGGUAACUAG